AUGCCGCCGUCUUUACCUGAUUUCUCCAAAUCUCACGGUAUAUCGCAACCAAACAGCCAAGAAUGGAUUACCCUUCGGCCGCAUGAUGCUCCAAGCGACAGAUCCGACGGACAGCACGGCAGAACAUCUAGCAAAGUCGACAUGUUUGUCGGCGACAGAUUCUUCCGUACGGUAGAGCCUAAUUGCUUUGAUCCAGACGUCCGCCUCGCAGAGAUGGACGCUUCGGGUGUGGAUGUGCAGGUGAUCAGCACGGUGCCUGUCCUGUUCUCGUACGACAAGCCCGUCGAGCCAGCCGCGGCGAUGGCCCGAUACCUGAACGACCACAUUGCAUCCGUAUGCCGUGACCACCCUGAUCGAUUUGUUGGCUUAGCAACCGUGCCUUUGCAGAACGUCGCAGCCUCGGUCGAGGAGCUGAGGCGCGCAAAGAACAUGCUGGGGUUGAAAGGCGUGGAGGUUGGCACCGAGAUCAACGGGAAAAGCUUGAACCAUGCCGACUUCGAGCAGUUUUGGGCUGCAUGCGAGGAAUUGGAUUUUCCGAUCUUCGUCCACCCUCUUGGAUACGAGCUAGAACAGGAGAACAAGGAACGAUGGGGAAAGUACUGGUCAGCAUGGCUAGUCGGAAUGCCCAGCGAGACAGCACUUGCAAUGCACUCUAUUCUCUCGUCAGGCGUCCUUGUGCGCCAUCCAAAACUCCGUUUGUGCUUUGCGCACGCCGGCGGGGCCUACUUGCCUCUGCUGGGACGAAUUCAGCAUGGUUACGACUGUCGCCCCGAUCUUGUUGCUCACAGCUCCCAAGGAGUGCUUCCUCAGGAUUAUUUCCAGUCACGGCAGCAACAAAACAUAUGGCUCGACAGUUUGGUGCACGACCCAGAUCUACUGCAAUUUAUCUGCAAAAAGAUCGGGCCGGACAAAGUCAUUAUGGGCAGUGAUUACCCAUUCCCGCUCGGCGAGAUGCCAGUCCCAGGCGAGAUGCUGGCCAGUGACAAGAAGGUGGGCAGCUUUCUGUCACAAGGCGAGCGAACACGGAUGCUGUCAGGAAACGCCGUUGAAUUCUUAAAGCUGGAGGGCAUGUUUCCAGAGUCAAAGUACAAUUCAAGCAGUGGGCUUUUCUCACUCAACACGUUGGAGAGUGCAAAUGGCUACCUGACCAGCCAUGAGUCCAACACUCCCCGUCUCUACCAUUUUAUCGAUGGCGACUUCGGUGGAAAAUCGGAGUCGGAGAAUUGGAUUGAAUCCAUAAACCCCCGUUCUGGGAAGCUCCUAGUGCAAAUUCCCAGCGGCACUGUGAACGAUGUGGACCGCGCCGUAGAUGCGGCUUCAAGAGCGUUCCCAGCGUGGUCAAAGACAUCACGACAAGAGAGAUCGCAGGUCUUAAUACGGAUUUCUGAUAUCCUUGACGAGCAAAAAGAACUGUUUGCAGUCUGGGAGAGCAUUGAUCAAGGAAAGACACUGGCUCGGGCUAGGGUCGAAGUUGAACGUGCAGUUUCGAACUUUCGAUACUUUGCUACAUACAUUCUGCACGAAGAGGGCGCAGUGCGAUACGUUGAUGGGCAGCCAUCCACCUUGACGUACGAACAUCGAUCUCCCCUUGGGGUAUUUGGGCUCAUUUCGCCAUGGAACAUGCCCCUGUAUCUCCUAACAUGGAAAAUUGCUCCUUGUAUUGCCUUUGGAUGUACAGGAGUGGCAAAGCCAAGCGAAGUCACCAGCAUAACGGCUUUUUUGCUAUGUGAAGUAUUCCGACAAGCGAAGCUUCCAGUCGGUGUGAUGAAUCUUGUCUUUGGCGACGGCCCAGGUACUGGCUCGGCGAUCGUCAAGUCCCCGCGCGUGCGAGGAGUAUCGUUCACCGGCGGCACAACCACAGGCAUCCGCAUCCGACAAGACACCGUGGCUGACAUCGGUAAACAUCUCUCGCUUGAGCUUGGUGGAAAAAACCCAGCCUUGGUGUUUGACGAUGUCGACCUGGCCAAGGCUGUACCUCUCGCUGCUCGCGCGGCUUUUGAGAACAGCGGGCAGAUCUGCCUGUGCGGUUCACGCAUCUACGUCCAGCGCGCAGUGUACGAAAAAUUCCUGCCCGCGCUGGCGGAAUAUGUCCAAGAACAUUACAAGCUUGGGGAUACGAUGGGACCAGUUGUCUCGAGGGAGCACUACAUGAAGGUUCGCUCCUAUCUGGUGCAGGCGCGGGAAGAGAAUGCCGUCUUCCAUACGGGAGAGCUACCAGACGAAGCGCCUCAGCAGGGCUUUUGGAUUGCACCGACAGUCCUUAGUAACCUUCAAACCGAUAGUCGAGUUAUGCGCGAGGAGAUCUUUGGGCCUGUCGUCACUGUGUGUGCCUUCGAUACAGAAGAAGAGGCGAUUGCGUUGGCAAACGACAACCCGAACGGCCUAGCCAGCAUUGUCAUGACCAACGAUUUAGCCAGAAUGCGUCGGGUGGGCGAGCGUAUCGAUUCCGGGUUGGUUUGGGUCAAUUGCUGGCUGGUUCGGGAACUUGGCACGGGAUUUGGAGGCAUGAAGGCGUCUGGCACUGGCCGUGAAGGCGGAGCGUUCAGUCGCGAUGUUUUUACCAAUCUGCGUACCCUUCAUGUAUCGCACUCUUAG